AUGCAAAGCGAGUUUAUGCCAAAGUCGUUAAUCUUUGUGUUAAAUACACUGAAGCAGUUCCAAGAAACACUUGUCUAUUUUCCACAAUCUCAGGCUCAAAUAAUGAAACAGACGUUACAACACUGCGUUCUAAAACCAAGCGACGUAACUUACAUCGAUGCCGAUGGUACAGCAAUCAAAUCAAUGGAUCUCGAAGAAUUAGAGACAAUAGAUCUUAUUUACGGACAAGAUCAAAGUGUUUCUAAUCCUCUUUUAAUAGGAUCUGUUAAGUCAAACAUUGGUAACGCAUAUCAUAACAAUGCAAUAAAUUCGAUAAUCAAGGUACUAAUAGCUAUUGAGAUCGGAGUUAUACCUCCAGAUCUUCAUUAUUCCGAGCCUUCAGAAGAGGCCUAA